CCGUGCGGACACCUGGCUGCAUGUCCGACGUCAUAAAACAAUAGGCGGGGCUGAAGAAAAGGGCGAAAACGAGGAAGAAGACAGUGCCAAGAAAAAAAUGGUAAAGGGCGAGAAUGAGUCGGUCAACCGGCCUGACAACACUGCCUUCACCCAGCAGAGGCUCCCAGCCUGGCAGCCCAUGCUCUCUGCUGGGAUCGUCAUCCCCGGGUUUGUGCUCAUCGGUCUGGCCUUCAUCGGCAUUGGCGUUGCCCUCUUCAUCACCUCACGCAGCAUCCAAGUACUGGAGCUUGACUACACGGGCAUAGAGCAGGACUCGCCGUGCUUUAGGUGCUCGAACGCUGACUUGAGGGACUGUGUUUGCAGCAUACGGUUCUCCAUCAACCGCUUGUUUGAGGGACCGGUGUUCUUUUAUUACGGCUUGUCCAACUACUUCCAGAACUACAGAAGGUAUGGAGUCUCCAGAGAUGAUAACCAGCUUUACGGAGACCUGACCUACUUCAAGAAACCCUUUGAUCAAUGCGAGCCCUAUCGAUACGACAGCAACAACCAACCGAUUGUGCCGUGUGGCUCGGUAGCAAACAGCAUGUUUAAUGACACGUUCACGUUGUUUCAGAAUGUGAACGGCCAGCAGGUAGUGGUGCCCUUGGAUGGGAAAGGGAUCGCUUGGUGGACCGAUUACAACAUCAAGUUCAGAAACCCCAGUAUCACGCCCCUGAGGAACGCAUUCAAUGGCACGGCGAAGCCGUUGUUUUGGUCCAGACCGGCUUACGAGUUGGACCCCUCAGACCCUGCAAACAACGGUUUCAUCAACCAAGACUUCCUGGUGUGGAUGCGAACGGCCGCACUGCCGGAUUUCCGCAAACUGUACCGGCGGAUCACUGAGGGGAACUACGCCAAUGGCCUGCCAGCGGGAAACUACACUCUGGAGAUCGCUUACAACUAUCCCGUGCUGAGCUUCAACGGCAGGAAGAAGGUGGUGUUCAGCAACGUGUCGUGGAUGGGGGGCAAGAACGACUUCCUGGGUAUUGCCUAUCUCGUGAUCGGGUCGCUGUGCGUGGUCAUGUCAGUGGUCAUGCUCAUCGUCUACGCCAAAUUCAAGUUCCCCGAGGAGGACUGAGCAAGGCCUGAAGUAGAACUUUAACAAUUUUUUUAAAAUGCACAAUACAUAUCAGUGGACAUUUGAUAGUGGAAGAAGAUUUGGCUCUACACGGUGUUUAUUAAUUGCAACUAUUUGUGCUGUUACUGAUGUGAUAGCUCAUAACCAAAAAGCCAUAUGGGUAAUCAUAACAUAACAAUAACAUUUAUUCUGUACAGGUGCCUGCGAUUUUACUCUGAUGUAUCAACUGACCAAAGCGAUAAUGGCAGACUUGCACAAAGAGAGACAUUGCAUUUAAGCACGGUAUAGUCCCUUUAUGCAACUUCUGCGUUCCACAGGGUUUUUGUCUCAGGGUUGUUGUUUUUUUCUCUCUCUGUUGUAGUUCUUCCGUUUUACACCAUAGGAUUACACCAUUAUCAAUUAAUAACCAUAUACACAUAUCUACCCAAUUGGUUACAUUCGUGCAUAAACAUUUAAUAAGGUACGCUGAUAAUUUAAAUACAGGAUAUGGAAUUUUACUCAAGAAUUUUCUGUACAGCUUCUUAACAUUUUUCCCCCCUUUGUGUUUUGCCUCAUGUUAAUAUUUAUGCAAUAAAACAAUGCAAAAGCAGUCUGAAGCUUGAA